UUUCUUCUGUUGUGGUGCACUUUGUGUUCUGAGUUCGCGUCUCCAAGGUCGAGCGUUGCACUCAUUUGUAACAAUGGCGGGCAUGAGGGACGAGUAUGGAAACCAGAUGAGGAGACCGGACGAGUACGGAAACCAGAUGAGGAGACCGGACGAGUACGGGAACCAGAUGGGGAGGGUGGACGAGCAUGGGAACCAGAUGAGGAGGGUGGACGAGUACGGCAAUCCUAUUCGGCAACAGCCUCACGUUGGUGUCGGGAAUACGGGGCACGGCGGUGGCAUGGGCAUGGGCGGCAGGGGCUCUGCUGACGACGAUAUGGCCACGGGCGGCGGAAUGCGCCGGUCCGGGGCCUCUGGCUACGAUAUGGACUCGGGAGGCGGAAUGGGCCGGUCCGGGGCCUCUAGCUACGAGAUGGUGGGUCAUGGGCGGCAGGGGCCCUGCUGA